AUGGACGUGAACAAGAACGGGAGUACUACAGUGCUAGGUAUCACGAAUGAUGCGUUCUUCAGGAAGGGCCAGGUCGGUGACUGGAAAAACUACAUGACGCCGGACAUGGUGGCGAGGCUGGAUAAGGUUGUUGAGGAGGCCACUCGAGGUGCUGGCCUCACCUUUGCCGACUCCGUCUCCGUGUAA